CUUGUGGGUAAUGUAAGGUGCAGACUCGGCGUGCCGGAGAGUCUGGUCUGGAGGUGCCUGGUGGGAAAAUAGCUUCCGCAGUUGUCGACGAGGGUGAAGUGUGCGCCGUUGUUAUCGUUAGCAUGUUGAACGCGUGUUUGAAUCGCGUCUCUCUUGAGUAACAGCAGGUAAAAUAAAAAAUAAAAUAACAGUCCUCAGACGCGAAGACACGUCAGCAUGAGUCUGAACGAGCAUUCACUGCAGGCGCUGUCCUGGAGGAAACUGUACCUGAGCCGAGCCAAGCUGAAGGCUUCCAGCCGGACAUCAGCGCUGCUCUCUGGAUUUGCUAUGGUGGCUAUGGUGGAAGUACAGCUGGACAACAGCUAUCCUUACCCACCCGCUCUCCUUAUUGCCUUCAGUGCCUGCACCACUGUCCUUGUGGCUGUUCAUCUGUUUGCUCUGAUGGUCAGCACCUGCAUCCUGCCCAAUAUAGAGGCUGUCAGUAAUGUUCACAACCUCAACUCUGUGAAGGAGUCUCCACACGAGCGAAUGCACCGGCACAUCGAACUGGCGUGGGCUUUCUCUACAGUCAUUGGUACUUUGCUCUUUUUAGCUGAGGUGGUUCUCCUCUGUUGGGUCAAAUUUUUGCCAAUCAAGCCCAACAAGUCCAACAAUAACACCGUUUCCUCUGGCGUUGCCGCUGCCAUUACGUCCACCUCCAUCAUGGUCCCCUUUGGUUUAGUCUUCAUAGUCUUUGCUGUGCAUUUCUACCGCUCCUUGGUCAGCCACAAGACGGACAGGCAGUUCCAAGAGCUGGAGGAGCUUUCUAACCUCACCAGGCUUCAGAACGAGCUGGACAACAGAGGAGACUCUUCCAUCUUACAGUCUCCAAGCUCACAUUUUCCAUAAAGUAUGGUGGAUUCAACCCAGAAGCCAUGGCUUGGCUUCUCUCUUUUUUUUAUUUUGGAUGAAGAUGUAUAUCUCACAUAUCUGUGGUUCAUUGAGUUUUGUGGAAAAACUAUUUUUUUGAAUGCUUGAUCAACUGUGAACUAACAGACCUGCCAAGAUGCAUGUGAUUUAAAAUUCAUGUCUUAACUGUGAUAGUUGGAUGAUCUCACAUAACAAUACAAGGAAUCCUGUCUGUUGCUUGCUGCAUUUAUUUAUUUUUGUGAACCACAAGUAUUCAACUUUUAACUCCUUGUUCACUGUGCACAUGAUCUAUUGUAGGUGUUCACUGCUUGCUUUUGUAACCCCUGUUAAUUGUGUAGACCGUCUCCACAGAGGCCUAAAACUUGAAUAUUGUUUGAGCAAAUUUGCUGACAUGUUGUAGCGCACAGACUGUGGUUAUAAAAUAAACACUUUUUUACUAAAAGGC